AUGGGAAAUGCCACUGAAGUGCGGUCAUGUUUGACAGAACAUCUGGAAAAUUUGUGCCAGGAGUUAAGGAACAAGGUGGAGAAGAGUCUUGGUUACCCCACUUUACAGGCCACCGUGCUUUCUCAGCACAGCCAAGGACAAAUCCUUAGUGCCUGCUGGCAAUUCAAUAUUAGUGGAAAGUACUUCUUCACCUUGGACACAGUGACUAUGAGCUGGAGACCGACUAAUGCUGUGUCAGGGGAUAUCAUGAAUAAAUGGAAAGGUGAUGAGGAUUUAAUGAAACAUCUGACUUUCUCCAUAGCAGAAUGCAGUCAGAAACUCAAUGAAUUUUUCAAGCAGCACAAGGAAAAGCCAGGGUCAACAACAAGGUCCCCUGAUAUCACCCAGGUUACAUCACCCACCCAGCUUCCACCUACCGGGCACACUCCUUAUAAGGAAGUAUUUAUCCCUGUGGGACUCAUCAUAUUCUUUAUUAUCUGCAUUUACCGAUAUGUCAAGAGGAAAUGUUGUACCCAAGGAGGGACCCACAGGACCACAGAUGAUGCUAACAGGCUUAGACUUGAUGGCUCUGACUUUCUGGGAACUACAAAGGGGCCUGGCCUGGGCAUAGAAAUGUUACAUUCAGUGGCCGAAAAGGAUACGGACAUUUCAGUGAGGAAUAAGAUCGGUGUUGGUGUGGAUGGUAGUGAUAGAAAGCCCUAUGACAAUGCUAUCUCCAUCUUAGUGGCUUCUAAUCUAGAGGAUAUAAGUAAUUCUGCAAGAAGCUAUGCCACUGUCCUCUCUGCUGAGACAACCAACCUGGAGGUGAAGGGGGAAACCCUGGAUUUCAGCCCAGCCCUUGAUCCUCAUUGCUUUAGGCCUUUAGUUGUAGCUAUUGAAAACUCAGAAAUUCAGACACACCAGUCUUGA